AUGAUAUACCAUGCCGCCAAGAUUACCAGAAAGUCCUUGGCAAGUCCAACCGUGAUGAUUUUGGAACUCAAUAUUCCAACGUUGACUAAAUUCUUGCCAGGACAAUGGGUCGACUUCAUGGCACCACCUCAUGAAUGGAUUGGUGGGUUUUCCAUUGCCAGUCCACCGUCCGAUUUGCCCCAACUUACGUUGGCGAUAAAGAACUCCAAGGCAAAGGCGUCCACUUGGGUUCAUACCGAGUCUAAAGUUGGGUCUGAUCUGAGAGUUCAAGUAGGAGGGAGUUGUACAUUGCAACGAGACGAUGAAGAACAUGAUCACGACAACGAAGAUGAUGAUAAAACAGUGGUGUUUUGCGCAGGUGGGAUUGGCAUAUCACCCGUCCUUGGGAAUUAUCGGUACCUCUUGGACCAGCAGAAGAAAAGAAGGUCUGCGUCACCAGGAAAAGUAGCUGCAAAACCAACAAUGUUCUUAUAUUCUGUAUCGACACAGGACGAACUAGUAUUUUGGGAGGAGUUAGUCCAACUGCACAAAGAGCAACAGGAGGCCGAUCAAGAAAAUAGGAGCAGAAUGAUAUUUUCGCUCACACAGAGUGAGUCCUGGGAUGAUUCGUUUCUCCUCUCCUCUGCUGAAGCUUCAUCAACCGAAGAGGAGGAUAUUGAGGAAACUGGGAUAGAGCUUCGGCAUGGACGGUAUCUUCAGGAGUUUUUGGAAUUUGCGCCAGAGGAUGCAAUACAUUACAUAUGUGGUCCACCCAAAAUGAAUGACGAUGCCGUUGCCUUUCUGAAAGCGAAAGGGGUACCAGCAUCGAAUAUUAAGUGUGAGAAGUGGUGGUAA